GCUUGGAACACGUAGACGAGCAACGCAAACGCCAUGCAGGAUGCUUUGCAAGAGCUGAUCGACGGCAAGAUUGAUUUUGAAGGGCAGAAGACCGUUGAGCACAUAGCAAAGGUCGCCCUCAUAGCCCUGACAGUCGUCUCGUUUAUCAUUGGAUUUGCGCUCCAGUCUCUUCGCAUCACCUUCGGGGUAUUUGGCAUUGGAUCGUUGGCUGUCAUGCUCGUGGUUGUACCCCCUUGGCCGUCAUUCAACCGGCACCCCGUACAAUGGCUCGCGCCUAUCGAAAGCAAAAAAGACCAAUGAGUUCAUCGGCGCACUUCGCAACGACGUUCGCCGCCCAUGGCCUAUGUUUCGGGUGGCGAGGCCGAGAGCGCAUCCUCGCACCCUGCUCUAGCUUUGAUAGGCGAUCUCCGGUGGACUGCUCGACGGAUUCGCAGCUGGUCGUUGCUUCCCCUUCACGCCGGCGGGUACAGAGAACCUUCUAAUGAAGGGGUCCAGACUGGCCGACUCGCUUGCCCUUUUCAUUGUAGGUAUCUGCCGCGAUUACUGUUUCUGCUCUCGUUGGAUACGGCUCGGAAUGGACCUCUGUAUCCUGAUAUGUACCAUAUAGUGAUUGGCCCGCGUAGGCACGGGUAAAAACGAGUCGAUGGU